AUGGGUAAAAAGAUGUUUGGAGGCACAGACAUGCUGAUAGCGGGUUGGGGACAACUUGAGAGUGGAAUCAGAAGCCGGUUCCCUGAAGUCCUUCAGGAUAACAUAGUGCAAGUGUUGUCUGUAUAUGGCUGCAGCAGAAAGUUCAGCACAAGAUUGCAAAGCUCACAGGUUUGUGCUGGAGGUAACGCAGGCCACGAUGUGUGCGCAGGAGAUUCUGGAGGCCCUCUCAUGCUACCGGUGGGCCCAGAAGACGGUCCUAAGAAGCACUACCUAUAUGGACUCGUAUCAUUCGGCAUGCCCUGUAACCACCAGAGUAGUGCCUACGUGUUUGGAGUUUACACCAAGGUCUCUAGCUUCCUUACGUGGAUCCUGGACAACAUUGAAGAGUGA